AUGAUAACUAAGGCGGUGGUUGAGGAGCGUCUGCGCGCAUUGCUGGCCCCUGUGUUCCUGAAGGUCGUGGACAACUCGGGCGGCUGCGGCGCCGCCUUUCACGCCUACAUCGUGUCUCAGCAGUUUAGCGGCAAGAGGCUGCUCGAACGCCACCGACUUGUUAACGGCGCGAUUGCGGAGGAGAUGCCGCACAUCCACGCCUUCACAAUGCAGUGUCUCACCCCUGACGAAUGGGAGGCCAAGGACCGCCCGGAGUCUUAA